AUGAUCAAGAUCGGCCGCAACAUCGAUGCAUACCUAGCCGAGGCUCCGGAGAGCAAGGCCCGAAAAGGCUGCGGAGUCCUAUAUUUACCUGAUGUGCGGGGGAUAUGGCAGAACAGCAAGCUGAUGGCCGACGGCUUUGCCGCGAGCGGAUACACGACGCUGAUUCCUGACCUAUUUGACGGCGACUCACUGCCGGCAGAUAGAACCACGGAGACAACAAUCAUCGACUGGAUCAACCACGGCGUGCCUGGGAAACACCUUCACAUAGCCGAAUUCGUGGACCCGAUUGUUGUGGCGGGGGUCGAGGCAAUGCGGGCUAUGGGUAUCGCCAAGAUUGCCGCCGCGGGCUAUUGCGGCCCGCAGUACGUCGUGCGGCACUACAAGAGCGGAAUCGAUGCCGGAUUCAUCGCUCAUCCGUCGUUGGUUCAAGAGCACGAGCUGCAGGCCAUCACGGGCCCCCUUUCUAUCGCGGCCGCCCAAAAUGACAACAUAUUCCCCGCCGAGAUGCGCCACACGUCUGAGGAUAUACUCGUGAAAACGGGACAGCGAUACCAAAUCAACUUGUACGGCGGCGUGGAGCAUGGGUUCGCGGUGCGCCGCAACGUGGACGUGCCAGUCGAGACAUUCGCCAGAGACCAGGCGUUCCGACAGGCGGUGGCGUGGUUCGACGAGUGGCUCUCGUGA